CGUUCAUUUUCACUUCUCCCGCCACUGAAUUGCUGGUCCCAUUUUGCUUCGAACAGUUUCUCGCUUCGGCUAUGGCGGGUCAAGGGCCUUCAGAGCCCGCUCUGUUCACGGAGCUAGAGGUGGAGUUUAUGGCUGAGGAUGAGCCAGUAAAUAUUAUUCCCAAUGUUCGCAUGGAUACGCUUCACAUGAUUUGUGGAGACUAUGGACCUUUCAGACCUCAAAUACCUAUCACAGUGCCACUUUGGCUUGGUAUAGCAAUGAAGAAAAGAAGCAAAUGUCGGAUCCAACCACCAGGUUGGAUGUCGGUCGAAAGGUUGACCGAAGUGCUGGAGAUGGAGAGAGAAGCUCCCCGUGAGUUUCAACCACUGCCUUUUCACUACGUCGAGAUAGCCAAGUUGCUUCUUGACAAUGCCCGGGAAGAUUUUGAGAACAACUACAUGGUGCAAUCACUGUUAGAGGAUAUCAAAGAUGUAAGGUGGGACAAAGUGGAGAAAGGUUUAAAAACGCUUUCCGGUCGUACUCACGCUGUGAAGCUGAAAAAUCUUUCUGCUAUGGAAGUUAAUAGAAUGCGAACAUUCACUGUGAGAGCUCUUCAAAGCUUCUUCAAACAUGACAACGACGAUAUGAUGAAGCAGACACCUACAGACUCAGAUAGUCAAUCAACACCCACGUCUUCAGAUCGGUUACCUCGUCGGACACUACGACCACGUUGACGGUAUGCUCUUGUAGCGUAAUUUGACGACUUAAUGAGAAACAGUAAGUUUCCCUUGAGCAACUUUUAGUCUUCAUGAUAAUCUACUGUGAAAACAAAUGGAUACUUGGAGGACACAAGCACCAACUUCUGCUGGGCUUUGCCAUGCCUCUGGAAUUCUACUAGAUGUGGUUUGCGACCUUCUUAGUGCAUCUUGGUAGAUUUGCUGUUAUGCUUUUUCAAGGGGUGGUCACGCCUUCAGCUUUUAUACUGUUUCUGAUGUGUAGGAAUCCCUAGCUAGGUCCGUAUUCUUCUUUUUAGUGUCCUUUUGCAUUUGUAUCGUAGCAACGGGAAUCUGAUCAGAAGUGGUGGUUUGAGAUGAGAAAACAAGUAAAUUUGAUAUGAGACAGGGAUAUGCACAUCCUGGUGAUGGUCGGGUUCGUGUUACAGGCAUGACGAUCAAAUUAAAUAUUUCUGAGGCAGUACAUGCCAAUGACUUCAUGCUGAGCAGAGAAAAUUGUUAAAACAU